AUGAAGACUGCUGUUGAUAUAAUAUACAGUGAUCCAUAUAUUAUGCUUAAAAUAAUUCAAGAAAUAACAUCUAUUAAUGAUAGAGCUAAUUUAUCAAAAAGUUCAAGAUGGUUAUAUUAUUUGACUAGUUAUGCCAAAUAUACUGAUGAAGAUCCAUAUACAAAUAAAAUGUUUUCAAUUUAUUUUGCUGAUAAAGAUCCUUUAUAUGGUUCAAGAAUAUAUGUUAAUGCUUGUGGUUACCUAAGAACAUUUUAUUAUUUUGAUGAUGAUGCUAAGAACAUAAGAAAUAAUGAAAAAAUAUUGUCAUUAGCUAGAAAGUGCAGUAAAUAUGUCAAAAAUUUAUCAAUCAGAUAUGCUGUAAUAUCAUAUGACAAUUCAUUUAAGAUGCUUCAUUGCCAUGUACAGUUACAUAGAGAAUUAAUAUAUAUUUAUAAAGAUGCUGAGGUAGUUUCAUUAAUAAAUUCUGAAUCAGUUUCUGAUGUAUUGAAACAUCUUUCAGUCGUAAGACCAAAAAUAGCAUGUUUUCAUAAUGAUGCACUUAACUUUCAUUCUAUUAAUGGAAGUUUUAUUGAAAAUUCACAAACUUUAGGUGAAUUAAUAACAAGUGAACUUGAAACAAUGGUAUGGUCUGAAAAUUUAUAUCGUUUAACAGGUAUUUUUUCUAAGAUACUUUCAUUAAGACAAACCAAUUUUAAAUUAAAAAAAAUUGAUUUUAAUUUGUUAAAAACUCCUCUUAGAGAAGAUGAACCAACAUUACAAUUAACUGUUCUUAAUAUGUUAUAUCAUAUGACAAAUUCAAUGGCUUUUACAUUCAUGCCAACAGAUAUAAUAAAAGUUUCACAAAAUUUAUUUAUAGCUAAAAAAUUUGAAGAAUUAGUUAUAAAAGUAGAUUGUUUGGAUGAUCUUGAUGUUCUACCAGCUGUUCUUCAUCAUAUGUUAAGAUGUUUCCUUCAUAAGACUGAAACAUUUAAAUUAUUUUUAAAUGAAAAAAUUAUUAAACAAUUAAUUACUGAAGAAAGUCAAACAUUUACAAUUUUUCUUGAAUUAGUUCUUUUUGAAUGUAGUAAUUUAGUUGAAUUAAAUUUAACAAGUGUAAUUAAAAAAAAGUUUAGAUUAUGUGGUGAACAACUUAUGAAUUUAAUUUAUGUUUUACCAUCAAGUUUAGUUAAGUUAACAUUAAAAGAAUGUGAUACAUUAACUAUAAAACAUUUAAAACAACUUGCUGAUAAAUGCCCUUCAUUGAGAUAUAUUAAUUUGUCAAAAUUAACACAUGAUUCUUUACUUAUUCCUGAUAUUAUUAAACUUUUUCCACGUCUACGCCACUUUUCUUUAGAAGAGGCUAAUCUUAUAGUAAGAGAUUCAUUUUUAAGAUAUUUUGAAGAAAUUAUUGAAAGACCACAAAAUGAAAAAAUGGUUGAUUUUGAUGUUCUUAUAAUGUCAGGUUUUGGAUCUGGUAUGCCUAAACGUCUUGAAGUAAUGAUGAAAGAAUUUCCUAGACCUAUGAAUUUUGCCAGACUUCUUAGAUGUAGAGAUGAUGUUGAUUAUGAAUUAGUUAUCUCCAAUAAUGAGAUGGCUUUUGACGAAAUGUACAAUGGUGAAUUUAUUCAUUUUGGACAAUGUAAAUAUUGUAAAUAUUUUGAAAAUUAUACCUUUGAAACUUAA